AUGCAAGAAGCAGAACAGGUCAUUGUAUUUUCUAUGUUCUGGGCUCUACUGCACCCCCUGCUGGUUGGGAGUACUCCUUUUUCUCAGGAACUGUUUCCGAGAGACUGUGCUGAUGUCUAUGCUAAUGGUCACACAGUCAGUGAAGUGUACGCAAUUUACCCUGCAGGGGAAACACCUGUACAGGUGUAUUGUGACAUGGGCUGCUGGGGAAGCCAAAUAGACGAUGGGAAUUGGACAGUGAUUCAGAGGAGAAUUGACGGCAAUGUGAGUUUCUACCGGCCAUGGGAGCAGUAUAAGGAAGGAUUUGGUAAUGCCGCGGGUGAAUACUGGCUAGGUCUGGAGAACAUCUUCCUCAUGACCAACACUGACAAGUACAUGCUGAGAGUGGACAUGGAGGAUUUUGAGAAAGGCAGUGCCUACGCCCAGUACACUUUGUUCUACAUCGACUCAGAGUCCAGCUACUACAGGCUGAACAUCGGUGGCUACGUCAAUGGAGGAGCAGGUGAUUCCUUGUCCUAUGUGAAUGGGAGGUAUUUUUCAACCUUUGACAAAUCCUACUCAGGAAGCUGUCCGGAGACGUACAAUGGAGGUUUCUGGUACAACUACCACUACUUCUACUACUACUACUACUACAGAUAUUAUACGUGUCACAUAGCCAACCCCAACGGCCUGUACAAGUACGGACAUGUGAGCACACCAAACACGGGGAUCAUAUGGCAGUCCAGGAAAAAUUACUACUACUCUCUGAAGACCAUCACAAUGAAGAUCAGGCAGAUUGGUCCGGAAGAUCUUGAACGUCUUUAACUUUCCAGGCAUGGAAUGACAGAAGAUAAAAUAGUUUCCUCAUUUCCAAUUUGAUGCUGUACAAUGGCUUUUGUCUGCGAAAAAUG